AUGUCGAGCAUCUCCAGAACCGCAAACCUUCUGCUGCGCUCCAGCAAGGCUUCUUUGCUGCGCCCUCGCGCCAUCAACCCUGUGCAACAUGUAUUUGGCAACAACAAACUAGCUGCUCGUGGGCUGGCCAGUGCCUUUGAGCGCACUAAGCCUCACGUUAACAUUGGUACCAUUGGCCACGUCGAUCACGGCAAGACCACCUUGACCGCUGCUAUCACCAAGCACCAGUCGGAGAAGGGCCUUGCCAACUUCCUUGAAUAUGGUGCCAUUGACAAGGCUCCUGAGGAGCGCAAGCGCGGUAUCACCAUCUCCACUGCUCACAUUGAGUUCUCGACGGACUCCCGACACUACGCCCACGUCGACUGCCCCGGUCACGCCGAUUACAUCAAGAACAUGAUUACUGGUGCUGCUAACAUGGACGGCGCUAUUGUCGUCGUUGCUGCCUCUGACGGUCAGAUGCCCCAGACUCGUGAGCAUUUGCUGCUCGCCCGCCAGGUCGGUGUCCAAAAGAUCGUUGUUUUCGUCAACAAGGUCGAUGCUAUCGAUGACCCGGAGAUGUUGGAGCUUGUCGAGCUCGAGAUGCGUGAGCUGCUGAGCAGCUACGGUUUCGAGGGUGAAGAGACUCCAAUCAUUUUCGGUUCCGCUCUCUGUGCUCUCGAAGGACGCCGUAACGACAUUGGUAAAGACAGAAUUGAGGAACUCAUGAACGCCGUUGACACCUGGAUCCCCACUCCUCAGCGUGACCUUGACAAGCCUUUCUUGAUGUCUGUCGAGGAAGUGUUCUCUAUCGCUGGCCGUGGUACCGUCGCUUCCGGUCGUGUGGAGCGUGGUAUCUUGAAGAAGGACUCUGAGGUUGAGAUUGUCGGAGGCUCUUUCGAGCCCAAGAAGACCAAAGUCACCGACAUUGAAACCUUCAAGAAGAGUUGUGACGAGUCGCGUGCUGGUGACAACUCUGGUCUCCUCCUGCGUGGUAUCCGCCGUGAAGAUGUCAAGCGUGGUAUGGUCAUUGCUGUUCCCGGCAGCACCAAGGCUCACGACAAGUUCCUCGUCUCCAUGUACGUCCUGACCGAGGCCGAGGGUGGUCGUCGUACUGGCUUCGGUGCCAACUACCGUCCUCAGGUCUUCAUCCGUACUGCGGAUGAGGCUGCUGACCUCAGCUUCCCUGACGGCGACGAAUCUCGCAGAGUCAUGCCUGGUGACAACGUUGAGAUGGUCCUGAAGACCCACCACCCUGUUGCUGCUGAGGCUGGUCAGCGCUUCAACAUUCGUGAGGGUGGCCGCACUGUCGCUACUGGUCUGAUCACACGUGUCAUGACCGAGUAA